CCGGCGAGACGAGCGUGAUUGGCUUCAACAGAUCUGGGAAUGCUUGGUAGACGAAGGGAAGAGGGACUCGAAUCCACUCCUCUCACCGCCUCCGCACCCCAAUGGAUCUGACCGCCCCAGCCAUGUGGAGCAGGCUGGCGCGCGCCUACUGGUGGAUAGAGGGUGGCGACUGCGGCGACGGCCAUGGGGGCGGCGGUGGCGGCGCGGGAAAGUGGUGGCGACGGUGGGUGUGGUGAGGGUGGGCGCGGUAGGUGGGGAACGAGAGCGACCGUCAUCCUCGGGUCACUUCCGAGUUUCAGAAUUUUAGAAUUCUAGAGUUACAGUUUCGAACAUAUGGAUUCUUUAUAAUGACCUUUCUAUAUGCUAAGCAUGAUUCAUGAGGUAACUUUUCUUUCUAUCUUUUUACUCCAACAAUGGAUCUCCAAAUUAUAUUGCCUUUGUUCGUGCAUACUAAAUUGGCCAUGAGAAAACGCCAACUUCUCAUUGUUAUUACGCAGAGACUAAUGAGUAUGAGUGGUGGAAGCAAGCUAAUCUAGUGCUAGAGUCUAGAGCAGUACCGUAAGGUACUACUGAUGUAAUCUAAUCUACUCAUGUACAAGCAACUAAUCUAAUCUACUCAUGUACUAGAGUAUACCGUGAACUGUAGUUGAAAUCGAUUGCAUAUACUACUGAUGUAUACGUUGCUCACCUCUUCCAGCAGGAACAGCUGCAGACCCUGCACCAGCAGCCGCCUAUGUUGCCCCUUCUCCCACGGCGCCCGCGCCAUUCAGGCCAUUGGCCUGAGCAUCGGCGCCCCCAGCACCAGCUGCCGCACUGAGGGGCAAAUUCAUCUUCGCCCCUGACAUCUUGUGCCGUCGCCAGUCGCCAGAAUCCGCCGCCGCCGUGCGAUUUUCUUGAAACAGAGACUACGAGAAAGCGGGUAAUGGAACACUCCCAAACGGAAGUCACGGGAAGUGGGAACCGCACGAAGCCACGAACGGGAGACACGUAUGGGCUCCUAGGAGCGGGCUUCUGGGCUGGGCUUAAAAUGUGGCCGAACCGAGACUUUUGGCCGGUAUACCAAAAACUCGGGGCCCACUGAAAAUUCCGAAAUUUCGGAAAUUUCGUUGAAACAUUUUUCCCUGGAUGGGAUACCGCGUACUGGGCGGGGCGGCUCCACUUGGGAAAAAAAAUUGUGUAUCAUAUGCAUUAGGCAAUGACUUUGAAUUGCUUCUGUGAUUAUUCAUGCAUUGAUUUCUAUUUCCUUUUAUUUUUACUUGUGGCAUCAUGGAUCAUAAGCAAUGACUCUGAAUUGUUUGUACAUAUAUCCGCUAAGCAAAGGCAAUCGAAAAUUCAAUGCAUGCACCUAUAAUAGAUGCAGACAAAAUGAAUCGGUAAAUAAUCAAUAAGAUGGCGCAACAAACUGUUCAAAAUAGAUGAUGAGAUUCAUAAAGGCCAAAAUAAAUAUUACCUCACCUCUCUGUUUGUUCCGGAGGAUGAGGUGUGUCAUAUGUAAAAUAUGGGAAAUGAGGUGUGUCAUAUGUAAAAUAUCUAAGGAAUCCAAAAAGACAAAUUGAUUAUUAAGAACCACAUGGAACAACCGAUCAGUGGUGUGCCCUGUUUGCACGCUUUCGGUUAAAGACUGAACUGGCAUAAAGUGGACCACGGCGAGACUGAUUGGGUUCUGAAGAAACCAAAAGAGCUACUGUAGCUCUGAAAGAUUACUGAAGCAUGGAGCUGUGGUUCUCUUCAUCACUGACGAUGAUACAAAAAAGAGGCACAUAUCAUUUACUUACGAUGACUUGUGCCCUGCUUCUCCACUGAAGUUCCUCUGGAAAAAAACCAAGCAAAUUCCCACGUGUGUAAUAUGUAAAUGGAGUCCAACAAAAGACAGUGCAAAGAUGAUUAGAUAUCAUUUCUGAACGGUACAAUAAUGGAUUUGGACCUACCAUGAAUAUUACAGAUAGUCAAAUACUGGUCAGUCCAUUCUUUUCCAUGCUGCUUGAAAAGUUGACUGCUCCAGGUCCAGGUCUCCCAGCCACCAACCCACUCACCCACCCACCCAGUCGUCCAGCGAUUCUUUGUUUAAACAAAACAGGCUGCCUGGAGCAGUUUAUAUCUUGCUAAGAGUCUCUUCAGGACUUGGCAGAGUCUCGUCAAUCCCGGCCAUGGAGAUUGCCAUAUCAGCAGUUGCAAGUGAACUUGUGAGCCGGUUCAUCUCCUUCCUGAUGAACAAGUGCCACUCAAGCCAUGCGCAGUCAGAGGAAAAGAAGGUGGAAAGGUUGCAGCAUCUCCUAAUGAGAGCUUGUACAAUCGUCGAGGAGGCGGACACUCGAUACAUAACAAACUCCGGGAUGAUGAUGCAGCUCAAGAUGCUCUCGGAGGCCAUGUACCGAGGUCACAGCCUCCUCGAUGCCUCGAGGUACCGAGCCCUCCAAGACGGUGCGGGCUUCGACAAGGUUAGCAGCAAUGACUCAUCUAGCAACAGUUUGUAUUUAGUCAUUCCAGUCAAGCGUUCUCGAACAAUGGCAGAGAAAGGCAACAAGGCCAUGGGCCUCGACUCACAUGGUGCUUUGGAAAGCUUAGAAAUUGUUGUUGCAAACAUGUCAGAGUUUGUUGUGCUUUUGGGUGGAUGUGAGCGCAUGUCGCGUAGGCCAUAUGAUGUUUAUCUUUACACCGACAACUUCAUGUUUAGUCGACACGCUGAAAAGCAAAAGCUUUUGAGCUUUUUGUUGGAGCACAACGAUCCUUCAGGUGAUCAUGCAUUAGCCAUUCUUCCGCUCAUAGGUGGUGUCGCAGUUGGGAAGAAAACUUUGGUUGCUCAUGUGUGUGGCGAUGACAGGGUCCGUUCACGCUUCUCCUCUAUUUUGCACUUGAAUGGAGACAACCUUUUGGGGAUACUUGGUGAUGGGAGGGCCAUGAUUGAGAUAAUGUUGGUAGUUAUUGAUUUCACUUCUGAUGUAGGUGAUGAUGACUGGAAAGUUUUUCACUCAUUUCUCAUAAGAAUGGGCAGAGGAAGCAAGGUCAUCAUUGUAAGUAAGCUUAAAAGAAUAGCCCGGUUUGGAACGGUGAAACCAAUUUUACUAAGUGGGCUAUCUCAUGAUGAGUUGACUUACCUUUUCAAGGCACUCGCCUUCGGAAGUAUAGAGCCAGCAGAACAUCCGCGGCUAGUACAAAUAGCAGAUGAAUUUGCCAUGGUGAUUCAUAGUUCGCAAGUUUCACUUGUGGCAACAAAUAUGUUCACGGAUGUGUUAAGAAGCAACCUCGACGUUCAGUUCUGGCGUUGUAUAUUGGACAAGGUGGCAAGAAUGGUUAAAAGAAACCGCUCCAUUUAUGGUUUGAACCCAACCAUGCGUAUAGAACAAGGCCAUCCAGUGGACAUAACAGACAUUGCUUUGCAUCCACUUAGCAUGAAACCUUAUAGUGAUAAUAUUUCAAUCAAGACGGAAUUGCCAAGUGUGACAUUUGGAGAACUUAUAACAGAUCCUACUGUUAGGCCCAAAGGAGACUUCACUCUAAUUGCAUGGGAAUCAAGGAUAGCCCCUCAUAAAUCAUUUCCUAAUUAUGUUACAAGUCAUGCUCAGGAUACACAUCAAAGUAGUGCCCUGCCAGGGAGGAAGCGACGAGGAGUGCCAAUCUAAUUUUAUUUCAGAACUUGUUAUGUAACUCUCGUUGUAAUAUUUUGAUACAUGACAAUUUAACUAAAUCUGUUACAGAUCUCAAGUGACAUACAGUGAACUUAUAUGUAAAAUGUAAAAGGAGUCCACGAAAGAUAAUAAAAUAUACAUUUUGUAUGGAA